AUGGCCCGAAGAAAGCAAGCUGAACAAGACUCUCCCGAAAUUGAGGGAGACACAUCGGCUCAAGAGGAGCAACCUCAAACUGAGUUGGACAUCCAUGCCGUGGAGAAGAUGGUCCACAUCGAGAACGAAGUACUGCAAAUCCGUCAAGAGAUGAUGGAUUACAAGAAAGAGUUGUCCAGGUUAAGAGAGCUCGAUGAAAUCAAGGAGAUGAUUAGAGCUUUGUCUUCUAAUCAAGAGACCAACCCAAGGUCUACACAAGGACCUCCUCCUCCUCCCCCUCCUAGACAGGAUAAGGGAAAAGGGGUGUUGGGCGGACAACCUAGUGCCGAUCCUACCCCUUGGCACAUGCAGGCCGGGCCGAGCCGGCCGCGUCCUACAUGGCAGGAUGAGCAUGUGGAAGAACUUCAAGGCCAUCACUAUGGGCCUAGUCGAGAUAAUGACGGAUAUAACGGCCACCAUGUAGACCACACGGUCAACAAUGGUGGGCAUAAUGGCCACAAUGGAGGACCCUACGGCCAUACUGGAGCGUACAACGGUCAACAAGGAGGAUACAAUGGCAACCACGGCGGACAACAACAUUCAUCCUCGGAUUACAUCAACCGAGAACCAUAUGGACCGCAAGCUAGUAGGUACGGACCUAGAUUCGCAGGGUCUCAAUGGGAACAUGAGAACUCGGGAAGAAGAUGGGCUGAUAGAGUAGACCGUGACCCUCCCAUUUGGGAACAAUCCAGAGAACGAGAGCCACCUAGAUGGGAUAACCAUUGGGAACCAAGGAAUGUACAGCGGAACCAGCCCAGGGCUCUCCAAGUACGUAUUGAAUUUCCAAGGUUCAAUGGUAAUGACCCGUUAGAUUGGAUCUUUCAAGUGGAAGAAUAUUUCACUUGCCAAAUGAUUCCUAGGGAAGAAUGGCUCCAAACAGCCACUCUUCAUUUUGAUGGAGAAGCCAGACGAUGGUUGAGAUGGCUUAAGAUGAAGGAACCCGUAGAGACUUGGGAAGAGUUUCGGGAAGCCCUUACAGUUAGAUUUGGGGAGUCCGCUUAUGUGGACUAUGACAUAGAGCUUCGCAACUUGAGGCAAACCUCUACCGUCCAGGAGUAUCAAGCUAGAUUUGAAAAUCUAGCAAGUAUGGUGGAUUGGACUCACAAGGCACUCAUAGCCGCCUUCGUGGGAGGUCUGAAAGAAGAAAUCCAGAUUGACGUUAGGGCUGAACCGAACACGGAGUUGAGGCAGUGCUUUGCCAAAGCACGCUCCAUUGAAGAUAGGCAACGCAAGAAGCAGGCCCUCUACAAGUCGUGGAGAAACGUUCCAGUUGCUCGUCCCCAACCAGCUCAACAACACAAGAUUCUCUCCGCGCCGUCAAGGAAGGAAGAACCUAAGCCAAUCUUCAGGUCGAGGGCUCCUCCACCCAUGACACGCGAAGAGCGAGAGGACAUGAUUAAAAACAAGAAGUGUUUUUGGUGCAAGGGAGAUUGGAGUCCUACUCAUCAGUGCAAGCACAUCAGGAUCUAUACCGUUUUGGAAGGAGAUAGUGAUGAAGAGGGAAAGGACCAGCCCCUAACUAUGGAAGAAGUUUUUGAGGCCGAAACGGAAGAAGAACCAACGGGAGAUGAGGGAGCGCCAGAAGCUGAAUGUCGGAUUUUGGACGACCCAGAGCGUCCGGAAUCUAUGAAGGUCUUAGGGCAUAUAGGAGAUCGGCAAGUGCUUGUCUUGCUCGACUCAGGAGCCACCCACAACUUCGUAGGUGACCACAUAGCUGGCCAACUAGGAUGCACCAUAGAGGACCAGCCACAGCUUAGGGUUUUAGUGGCCAACGGGGACAUACUUCCAUGUACCCGUAAGUGCACUAACGUAGAACUUACCUUGCAGAAGGUCCCGUUUAAGGUAGAUCUAUUGGUGGUCCCCAUCCCGAGUGUAGACGUCAUUCUUGGCGUUAAGUGGCUGAAGACCUUAGGCCGAGUCUGGUGGGACUUCUCUACCAUGGAAUUGUGCCUCCCUAAGGAGGAUGGCAAGGAAGGAGUAGUGCUUAAGGCCGUAGAACCUAGUCUAGGGCCGAGAGCAGCUUUGAGAGCCUUAGUGACUCAAAAGUCAGCGGCUUGGUUGAUGGCCAUCGCAGAAGAGCUAACUUCUAACCAGGAUCAGAAGGAGGAAAUACCCGGUCCAGUUCAAGAGGUGUUAAAGGAAUUUGAAGACAUCUUUGAGGAACCCAAAGGACUUCCACCUCAACGAACUUAUGAUCAUAGGAUCGUGCUAACCAACGGCACUGAACCCGUAAAUGUCCGCCCAUACAGAUAUGGGUAUGCCCAGAAAUCGGAGAUAGAGAAACUAGUCAAGGAGAUGCGAGAAAGCAACAUUAUUAGGCCUAGCUCGAGUCCCUUUUCUUCUCCAGUCCUUUUGGUUAAGAAAAAGGACAAUACCUGGAGAUUUUGUGUAGAUUACAGAGCUUUGAAUGAAGCAACUGUAAAAGAUAGGCACCCAAUUCCUGUGAUAGACGAGUUGCUAGAUGAAUUGUCAGGAGCGCGUGUCUUUUCGAAGUUAGAUCUCAGGUCGGGAUAUCAUCAAAUUAGAAUGUACGAGGAAGACAUCUCGAAGACGGCAUUCAGAACCCAUGACGGGCAUUAUGAGUUCUUGGUUAUGCCUUUCGGGCUGACCAAUGCACCGGCGACUUUUCAAAGGUGUAUGAACGACGUGUUUCGGGAAUUUCUUCGAGAUUUCGUUCUGGUAUUUUUUGAUGACAUCCUAGUGUAUAGUCAGAGCAUGGAGCAACACGCCAAGCAUCUUCGCAUCGUCUUGAAGGUUUUAAGAGAACAUACCCUGUUCGCUAAGAUGUCCAAGUGUAGCUUUGGACAGACAUCUAUUGGGUAUCUUGGGCAUAUUGUGUCCUAUGAAGGCGUCAGGGCAGAUCCAGAGAAGCUCCAAGCUAUGGAGCAGUGGCCGUUGCCAAAGGACCCUCGAGGAAUGAGAGGAUUUUUGGGACUUACUGGUUAUUACCGUCGGUUUAUCAAGGGAUAUGGAUUGAUAGCUUCUCCUCUCACUCACAUGUUGAAGAAAGGAGAGUUCACCUGGACGGACAAAGCUAGAGAAGCUUUUGUGAAGCUAAAGGCGGCGAUGAUGAGCGCACCAGUUUUGGCUCUACCAGAUUUCGCCAAGGACUUUGUCAUGGAAACGGAUGCUAGUGAUGUGGGCAUUGGGGCAGUGCUGAGUCAAGAAGGGCAUCCUAUAGCCUUCAUGUCCAAGGCCCUGACCAGCAGGGCCAAACCUUUGUCCACAUACGAGAAGGAAUUAUUGGCAAUUGUCAUGGCAGUGGACAAAUGGAGACCAUAUCUGAUAGGGAGACGAUUUGUGGUUAGGACUGACCACAGCAGCUUGAGAUACAUGGUUAAACAGCGCGUCUCUACCCCGACACAACAAAGAUGGUUAGCCAAACUUCUUGGCUAUGAUUUUACUAUUGAGUAUAAGAAGGGGACUGAGAACUCUGCAGCAGACUCCCUAUCUCGCAUGCCAGAGCAACUGAAGACUCUCUCGGUGAUAAGCACAGACCUAUGGGAGAGAAUAAUUGAAGAGCAAAAUCAAGAUUCAAAUUUGAGGCUACUCAAACAGACCAUUCGCCAGAAUCCAGGAUCCAUCCCCAACUACACUCUUAAGGGAGAAAUGCUUUGCAAGAAAAAAAGGGCGUUGGUCCCCAAGGAUUCCGAUCUUAAGCAAGAACUACUUAAGCAUUUUCAUAAUUCUAGUGCUGCGGGUCACGAGGGAGUGGCCAAGACCAUGGGAAGGAUUAAAGCUCAAUUUUGGUGGGAUGGCAUGAAGUCGGAAGUGAGGGGUUAUGUGAAGGCAUGCCCCGUAUGCCAAAGGGAAAAAUACGAGGCGACCAAACCUCCAGGGCAUCUGAACCCUCUUCCUAUUCCUGAUAAGCCUUGGGAAGAUGUGUCGAUGGACUUUAUAGAUGCGAUGCCCAGAUCCGAGGGGAAGGAAGCAGUUUUGGUGGUGGUAGAUAGAUUGACGAAGUAUAGUCAUUUCGUGGCUCUACCUAAGAACUACACGGACCAAUGGUAG